GCAACGCGUGUGAUGAGUUUGCAAUUCUAGUGGUCCGUGAGAAACGUUGCUUAAUUCACAUUUCCCUAACCGGCCAAAGCAAAUUACUUAAAUACCACUUCCAAGUGUAUAUUUUUUUACAAAACAUACGUUAAAACUACGAAAUAACAUUUUAACCAAAAUCAUAAGAGGUACCAAACAUUUUACAAAGUUUUUGGUUUAACACACGUGUUCUUUUAUGAGAGAGACAUUCAUUCUUCUAGUCAAUCUAUCUUCUAAAAAAUAAUAUUUAAUUGCGACGACUUCAGAUCUAUUCAUUAUUAUUCAAUGAAUAAAACGUUGCUUUUGGAACAGUUUCACACUUCUAUUUAACACAACCAAACUCCAUUGCUUGUUACCAUGAAGCAGUCAAUUAUGGGUGACAACAAACCAACCCUCUUUUCUCCAUACAAGAUGGGCAACCUCAAUCUCUCUCACAGGGUGGUGUUGGCUCCGAUGACUCGGUGUAGGGCGGUGAACAGCAUACCAAAUGAAGCGCUGGUGGAGUAUUACCGGCAGAGAACAACCGCCGGUGGAUUUCUCAUCACCGAGGGGACUAUGAUAUCCCCCACAGCCGCCGGAUUCCCGCAUGUACCAGGUAUAUUCACUAGAGAACAAAUUGAGGGUUGGAAGAAAGUGGUUGAUGCGGUUCACAAGCAAGGUGGCCUCAUAUUUUGUCAGUUAUGGCAUGUUGGUAGAGCAUCCCACCAAGUAUAUCAACCUGAUGGUGAUGCACCAAUCUCAUCUACAAACAAACCCAUAUCCAACAAGUGGAAAAUAUUAAUGCCGGAUGCCAAGUAUGGUCGCUAUCCUGAGCCCCGCCCAUUGGCAACCCAUGAAAUACCACAGGUGGUGGAAGACUAUCGUUUGGCGGCCAUUAAUGCUAUUGAAGCAGGUUUUGAUGGGAUUGAAAUACAUGGAGCACAUGGUUACCUGCUUGAUCAGUUCAUGAAAGACGGGAUCAAUGACAGAACUGAUGAAUACGGUGGAUCGUUAGACAACCGCUGCAAAUUCUUACUGCAGGUGGUACGAGCGAUAGCUGCAGCCAUUGGUGCAGACCGAGUUGGUGUUAGAAUCUCACCGGCGAUUGACCACCUGGAUGCUAUGGACUCUGACCCGCGCAGCCUAGGGCUGGCCGUGAUCGAGAGACUGAACAAACUCCAGUUUGAAUUAGGGUCAAAAUUAAGUUAUCUUCAUGUGACUCAGCCACGUUACACGGCUUAUGGUCAAACCGAAGCAGGAAGCCAUGGGAGUGAGGAAGAAAUAGCUCAGCUGAUGAGAAGUUGGCGAGGGGCGUAUGUGGGAACUUUUAUUUGUAGCGGUGGUUACACUAGAGAACUAGGGUUGGAAGCCGUGGCUCAGGGGGAUGCUGAUUUGGUGGCUUAUGGUCGGCAAUUUAUAUCGAAUCCUGACCUGGUUUUACGGCUGAAGCUUAAUGCACCCUUGAAUCGCUACGUGAGGGCUACUUUUUAUACCCAUCAUCCUGUUGUAGGCUACACUGAUUACCCUUUUCUUCAUAAAGGAAACUCGCGUCUGUAACUGUAAUGUAUUAUGCCUCUGCCUCUACCUUAUUAUAAAUGUAUAUCUUAUGACCAAAAUAAAUCAAUUAUGUUUUCUAUUGUUCAUA